AUGGCCGUAGAACAGGCUCGAAAGUUGCUUGCGGUAUCCUCCGGGCUCCUGAUAGAAUCCGGCGCGCCCAAUGCUGACACGAAUCCCGCGCAGAUGCCUGCGCUUUUCUUCGGGAUGAACCGGAUGUUCGGCAUGCUCGACAAGGCCGCCUACGCUCGGCUAUCUCGUGCCGUGUCUGCUUGGAUGAACGAGAAAAGGCAGGUGGAUCAGAUUUAGUCCUCCGAGACCAAGACAAUCAAUGCAAAAGGAAGAUUUGCAUGCCCUGUUCGACCUAGCAGGGUCGAGUCUCAUGCGGAAAGGUUUGGGGGUCGAAGAAAAAGGAAAGGGACACAACCCCUAUCUGCUUCGCAUUUUUUACUCCUUUGGCGCACAGGUCGCUUGUUUCAGGACAAGGCUAGCAACACGGCCAAGGCCAGGCGCUCGUGUUUGCCAAUAUUUUGUAGUAGUGUAAAUAUUUAUCGUUUCCAUCCUUAGUUUGGUUCGGCUUUGACGGGUGACCGCGCGAGACUUCUGGUGCCGUUGCAUUUGUCGGAGGUGGGUGUCGAGAGGAUAGGAAACAACCAUGUUGGAUGUUCGCCACCGUGUUGAAUGUUGCUCUGUGUACUUAGGAUCUUGGCCCUCGCUGCGCGUCUGGCCCAAACUGAGAGGCCGGUCGUCAAGUUCAGAAAGCGGUGACGUUACCUUUCGCGUUCACGAGGGCGUCAAUGUCUGUAGGACGUGUAGCAUCUCAGCAUGUACAGAAAGUAGGAGGAGGAGUCGUUUCCCUCUUGUGUAGGUUGUUGUUUCUUGGGGUGUUCAUGUUUGUGUAUUUAUGGCGUUUUGCACAGCGUAAUCGUCCUAGUCUAGUUAAUUGGUAUAGUCUAGUUAGGUCCUCGUCGUUGAUAUUUUCCGAGGUAGGUACUGUACUAGAGCAGAAAAAGCCUUCGUGCGAUUUGUUUAGAUGUCCUCGUGAUGCCAAGUACUGCUGUUCUGUUAGUUGGGUCCGUCAAUGUCGAGGUGGAUACCAGCACAUGAUGACCUGGCCGCAGUCACCCGCGUGUGUCUACAGUUUCUACUCUUCGUUGAUAUCUGGUUGUGAGUUCCUUGAUGAUGACAGUAAGUUUUCCUUGUGCAUUUCGGGCUUCGUGUGUUGCUUCUCUGGCACUGCAAUAGAGCAGCCUGUCACAGUGUCCAUACCGAAGCAAGUUUUGACCUAGUUGACGAUGACAGUUAGUUCUCCUUUUGCAUGUUGAGCUUUGUGUGUUGUUUCUGGUACUUCAAAAGGGCCGGCCGUCGCAGUAUCCAUACCGACGCAAGUUUUCACCUAGGGGAGCCGCAUGAGCAUGAAUGGGGUUAGGGUUGGGUUAACAUUGAAUUCGGUCGCGCC